GGAGCCUCCAAUUCAGCCCAGUGACAGAGCCUCUGUGCCAUGUGUUCGUGUCAAUGCCAGUAAAGCCACAGCAGCUGCCAUGAACCUGGGGGAUGGUCUUAAGCUUGAAACUCAAAUUCUUGGUGGAAAACCAAAGCUAAUUUUGGCUUCAUAUGGUGUUCAGAAGAACAGUAAACAGGUUGGUCACAGUACAAGAAUACAAAAAUCCACACAGAGAAUUAAACCAACUGGGCAGAUCCUCAAAUCUGUACAGAGCAAUAAUGUCAAAACAGAGCAGCCAAGGUGCGAAGCUCGACUGGAGACCGGGCAUGUGCUGACUGCCAAACCUCCUGCUAACGUGUUAAAGGAACUUGAAAACAAACACCACCCUACUGAUCAAAAUGUGCAGCAGGUCAAACAAGAUCUGGUGAAAACAAAGCCUGCACCUAAACAGACUCUGGUGUCACAGAUAUCAAAGCAGAGACCACAACUGAAGAAAACUAUUACUGCAGAGGAGCUGAGGGAUAGCCUGGUGUGCCUGACAAAGGAACAGUUCCAGCAGAUCUUGCAGACCAUUAAUCAAGGGAACAAAGACGUAUCUCAAGAACCUCUAAGAGAUGAAGAUGCUGUAGAGGAAAACAAUGAAGACCUUGUGAAGACUGAAGAUGAGAAUACAUCUUCAUUACAUGAGCAAACACCAGAGAAGACAACAGAUGUGCAAAUUGUGAGACAGACAGCCGAUCUGUUUAGCACGUUGGGAGAACAGGAGAGAGAUCGUAGUCUUCAAGAAAAAAAGAGAGAACAAUGGAGAAAAGAGCUUGAUGAACAAAUUGCUUUAAAGAAACAACUAAGAGCAGAUAAACCGGAUUGGUCAGGUACCAGACAGCAUAACAAUGCUGCACCUGAGAAGCCACGAGCAUCUGACCAACCGAAGGCUGCAGAUCCCAGUGUUGCUGGAACACCAUUGCAAGACAAUCCAAUUCCUGCAACAUCCACGGGUACUGACACCAGCAACUCUACACCCUAUGAUUUGAAUGGUCCCAGCGGACGGGCUUCUUCCAGUUUCAGCUCUCCUGAUCUUCCUGCAGCUAUCCGGAGUGCUUUUAUUGUAGGGGAAGCUACUCCAAUGGAUCAUCCUUUCAGUGCAACCAAACGCCAGCAGCAGAAGAAGUGGCUGGAUGAGCUGAACAAACAAAGAAUGGAAGAUGUGCAACGCAAAAUGAAGGAAAAGCAAAGGUUUUUAGAGACUGAAGAACAUGACCGGUGGGCAAUGCAUUUUGACUCCUUUAAGAAGCCAAUUGACUAUCGUCCUAUUACAAGAAUACCACCAUCUGCAAAUUUUUUGCUCUCUCCAGAGAUAGCAGACUCUUCACCAGUGGAGCUAUCUCCAUCUCCAGUGCCAAGCUAUCUAUACCAUGCAGAAUCAGGCAUGCAGAAAUCUGUAGAUGAAGAUAAUGCCCAGGAUCACAAAACAGGGUAUCUUCGUACAAUGACUGCCUUAUUAGAUCCUGUGCAGAUUGAAGAAAGAGAACGAAAAAGACUUAAACAAAUUGAACAUCAGAAAGCCAUAACGGCACAGGUUGAGGAAAAACGUAGGCAAAAACAGUUAGAAGAACAACAAAGACAAAGAGAAGAGCGUGAGGAAGAGCAGCGACUACAAAAGGAGAGAGAUAAAAUGCAAAGGCAGUUUGAAGAAGAUUCCUUGCGUCAGAAGCAAAAAGAAGAAGUGUUGAAAAUGAAGACAAAUGACCUUUACCAAAGUAUGCUGAGGGCGCAGGAAGAGGCACAGCGACUAAAACAAGAGCAGAGGAUGCGAGAUUUACGCCAAAAAGGACAUGACGUAUCAAAAUUGCAGAAACAUUUAGCUGGUGAUGUACAAUCGGACCUCAGUAGAGCGGUUAGCAGAGUCACUGAUUUACCAUCAGAGGAUCAAGGUAACGCAGUGAACAUCACCGCAAAACAGAGUUUUUCCACAAUUAUCUCCCCUCGGAGAGACACUGGUGUACAAACCGAUUUCAGAGAUGGUGAAAUAAAUACUGGGCCUCUAAAUCACAUAGAUGACACUGAGUGGAGAUCUGCACAAGCCUCAUCGCCAGAUAUACCGAUCGAAUUUAAAGUACAAACCAAGACUGACAUUCAUUUAAAAAAACAGAAGACAUUCAGAGAGAAAGGGGAUUCCCGUAAAGAAAACAAAAAUACUGUUAAUGACAUCUAUGAACCAUUUGCAAGAACAGAUAAAGUUGUCAAGGACCGUUCUAGAAAACCAGACUGGAACAGAAACAACCCUAACAAAAAAUAUAUACCUGCCUCUGAGAGAUACCCAAAAGGACUUCAGAAACACAGGGAGGAGAGUAAAGCUCGGAGGCAAACGGAGCUGCUUAAUUUGGUGGAAAAAAACACCAUAACUAAUGUGAAGAUGAGACAAGGGAAUUCUCCAGUAAAGACUUCCCCUGUGCCUGUUGAAGACUCUAAAGUCUUCCCACCUCCCCAAGAAACUAAAGUAAACCAAAUGGUAAAAAGGGAAGAACAUUACCAGAAAACCAAUUCAAACUUCAGACGGCCAGAUUCUCCCCCAGUUCCUGCUGUGAAAAAACGGUUACAUCAAGCGCAGAAAAAACUGACUGCACCCUCUAACCAACAAAUUUACAAUGGGACUUCUGUCCACAGGGCCAUUGACAACGCUAAACACAGUAACACUUCUCCAGAAAGCAGUGAUCAAGAGUCUGAUCGACCCCCUUCUUCACAUUUUAUUCCAUACGUGAGAACGAAAGAGAUAUACUAUCUGGAUCCAAAUGCACCAAUGUCAAGACCCUCAACACAUGAUCCACAAUACAGACGACCUGGUGAUGAACAGGAGAUGAGACAGAUCUUCAGCUCUGACCAUGCAAGAGAUCCUUUACUAAAUCCUAAUGUAGUCAAGAAUAAAGACAGACAGCAGGCAAUACUGAGAGGAUUGUCUGAAUUAAGAAAGGGUUUGCUGCAGAAACAGAAAGAACUUGAGACUGUUUUGAUGCCAGAUGUUUGAAAAUUAUCUGGACUUGUAAUUUGUACUAUACGUGUCAUCUGUAACUUAUUAAACUAUAUCACUUUUACCCAUGUGAAUUGCA